AUGCAGGGACAAGAGUCACAGACCGUCACAGAGCAGCCUCAAGAUGGCAAGAAGUUCGGAUACGGAAUUGACUCUGAGGGCAAACUGAAGAGUCUACCCAUAUGGAGCUUCGCGCAGCCACAUAUGAUGGCGUUUCACCUAUCAUGGUUGUCAUUCUUUAUGACUUUCAUGGCUACGUUUGCGCCAGCUUCGCUUCUGCCCGUCAUUCGCGAUGACCUUUUCCUGACUAAGCCGCAGCUCGGAAACGCCGGCGUCGCGGCGGUUUGCGGCGCAAUUGCCGCGCGUAUUGGCAUGGGAGCUUUUGUUGAUAUUGUCGGCCCACGGUACGGCACUGCCGCUACGAUGCUUGCCACAGCACCUGCGGUAUUCUGCAUGGCGCUCGUGAACGACUACUCCGCCUUCACCGUCGUGCGCUUUUUCAUCGGCUGCUCGCUCUGCAUGUUCGUGUGCUGCCAGUUCUGGUGCGGAACGAUGUUCAACGUGCGCCUGGUGGGCACUGCCAAUGCGGUGGCGGGCGGCUGGGGCAACAUGGGCGGCGGUGCAUGUCACUGGAUCAUGCCAGGGAUCUACGAAGGCAUAAUGAAGCGUGGCGUGCCGAGCUUUCAGGCGUGGCGCUGGGCAUUCUUCGUGCCGGGCGGCAUCUACAUCCUGAACGCCUUCUCCACGCUCGUGCUGGGCAUCGACCACCCCUCCGGCAAGGACUAUCGGGACCUCAAGAAGGACGGCACGUUGAAGAGCAAGGGCGCCUUCUGGCCCGUCUUCAAGUGCGCCAUGGGAAACUAUCGGGCCUGGAUCCUGGCACUCACGUACGGCUACUCCUUCGGCGUCGAACUGACCGUCGACAACAUCAUCGUCGAGUAUUUGUUUGACCAGUUCGGCCUCAGCCUCACCGUCGCCGGUGCCCUGGGGGGCGCGUUCGGUAUGAUGAACCUCUUCACACGCGCCUCAGGCGGCAUGCUGUCAGACUGGGUUGCCAAGUACUGGGGCAUGCGCGGACGCCUUUGGGCCUUAUGGAUCGUACAGACGCUUGGCGGCAUCUUCUGUGUCGUCCUGGGAGUCGUACACAACAACCUAACCGCCACCGUCGUGGUGAUGUUCAUCUUCAGCAUUUUCUGCCAGCAGGCCUGCGGCCUGCAUUUCGGCAUCACGCCCUUCGUGUCGCGCCGUGCGUACGGCGUGGUUUCGGGGCUGGUGGGCGCCGGGGGGAGCGCCGGGGGAGCCAUCACACAGGCCAUCUGGUUCGCUGGAACUGCCAAGUGGCAGAUGAGCCUCCAAAAGUACGACGGCCUCAAGUACAUGGGCCUUCAGACCAUCGGCCUGACGCUGGUGCUUUUCCUCAUCCAGUUUCCCAUGUGGGGCUCCAUGUUGACCGGGCCCCGUGAGGGCGCUCAGGAGGAGGACUACUACCUGAGGGAGUGGAGCGCGGAGGAGGUGGCGCAGGGGCUGCAUCAGGGUGCCAUGAACUUUGCUGUUGAGAGCAAGUGA